CUCAUUGUAUCGCGUGGAAGUUGACAGUGCCUGUGAUCCUUUCCCUUCUCGAAAUGUGCUCCAAGGUGCUUCCCUGUCCUCUGUGCUGCCAGCCCAAUUUCGAGAGUGUCGACGCCCUGAGGAUCAGUCUGGUGAAGGUGGCCAAUCAUCCGCUCAUGUGUCCCGUGUGCAGUGAAGUGCUGCUCGGACUGGACAAGUUGACUAUUCACCUCUUCAGCCACACCAUCGACACUCUCUCAGCUAUCGAGGCGGUCAAGGAGGAGCCCCAGGGUACCGCCACAGUGACUGUGGACGUGCAGAUCGCGCCUCCACAGUGCGACAUCUGUUCGUGCACCUUCAGGGAUGCGAAUCUGCUGCAGAUCCACCAGAAUCUCAUGCACAGAUCAUCACCCAGGGAGGCCCAGGAGGCGAAGUUCCAGUGCCAUCUGUGUCAAAAGACGUUCAAGAUGAAAGGAUCUCUGCGAGUUCAUCUGCGUGUUGUGCAUCUCUGCGGCAUUGAGCAUGAGCCAGAGGCGAAACGACUCACUGAAAGGCUAAAAUUAACCGAGGAGCCACCGAAUAAAGUAAAUACUCCGCCCGAUGCCGCGUUCUCGGCGCCCACGACUCUGGUCACUCCGUCAGAGUGUCUCCCGAAUCCGCCGCAGACGCCCGAACCGGCCAAGUCAUGGGAGUGCGACAUCUGCGCGAAGUCAUUCACCACAAAGUACUUCCUGAAGAAACACAAACGCCUCCACACAGGAGAAAUGCCCUAUUCGUGCACAAUCUGCGGCAAGGCUUUCACGUUCCAGCAAUCCUAUCACAAGCACUUGCUCUACCACAGCGAUGAGAAGCCGCAUGUCUGCUCCACCUGCGGCAGAGCCUUUAAGGAGUUGUCCACGCUCCACAAUCACGAGCGGAUUCACAGUGGCGAGAAGCCUUUCAGCUGCGAAACGUGCGGCAAAUCCUUCAGACAGAGAGUAUCUUGUCUCGUCCACCGGAGGAUCCACACGGGCGCCAUGCCGUACAAGUGCACCGCUUGUGCCAAGAGCUUCCGCUACAAAGUCUCUCAGAGGACACACAAGUGUCCAGCACAGCCGCCAGGAACUGUGAUCCGGCAGUCUGGAGAUUUGCUGCAGAAGCUGCUGCAGAACUCCGCGCUAACAGCCGCUGAUACGGAUCUCUCGUUCGAUGGCAGCGGUGAUCUCAUUAGCCAAUCCAUAGAUGAGAUUGUGAAGGAGUCCUGCGACAAAAUGGGGCUCAGUGAGACGUGUCCGGAGGAGAUUUUCGCGGGAGAAAAUGCAGCCAGUCCUUCUGAGAAAUUCCAGAAUCUCUGUCUCUACUCACCCGAGCACAUGGAGACAAUCAAUGAGGACUCCCUCAAGCAAUUGCUGUACGAUGAUGGGAAUUUGUGAAGUUGGGCUGAUUUUUACCGGAUGAAUUAUAGAAUAUUUUGAAUA